ACGUCGGCAGCAGGGCAUCUCCACCUAAGUCGUCCCAUCGUAUCGAGUGGAGUCCACGUGGAAACAAGAAUGCGGAGUGCAUGCUGGGUAUACGAUCAUAGUAAGCAAAUAUUAGAUUGCAGCGCUGUGGGCUGAACAGAGCUAUUCAGCUACCUAACAGGGCUAACUAUUACACUCGAUGGCGACUCGAUGCUUACAUUUAGCCUGGAUAUCAUUUUCAGUGUAUUGACGCCCGCACGACAGGAGAAAUUUUCCGAGGCUGUAAUCUAAGCAUUUUUUCCAGUAACAGUACACAGCUCUAUCAAGAACCAUUCUUCCACGCUGUUUGUCCUUGGUCACGACGAUCUUCCUGAAUUGAUCCUGCACACUGCUUCUUACUUUCGUUGUCAUGAAAUCGCGUCAACCAGCCACUGCCAUGAAGCUCAGCAUUAACUCAUUAGCAAUCUUCAUUGUCGCAACAUUAUAUACUAAUGUCGCGGAAGUGCUCGCAGCCGAAGAUACGUUGACUUUGACUGGCAGAUACUGGGACUGCUGCAAACCAUCAUGCGGCUGGGACAAUAAAGCAGACUUCGGAAGUCCUGUGCAAUCCUGUGAUGCGAGAAACAAACCUCUCUCAGAUUUCAAUGCCGGAACAGGGUGCAACGGUGGGACUGCAUACGCAUGCUCGAAUCAAUCCCCUUGGGCAGUGAAUGACACUUUUGCAUACGGCUUCGCUGGAACCUACCUCAAAGGUGUGCUGGAGGACGCCUGGUGCUGCUCUUGCUAUGAGCUCAAAUUCACGACUGGGAACUUGACCGGGAAAACUAUGACUGUGCAGACGAGCAAUACCGACUACGACGUUCUGAAUGAUAACAUGUUUACCUUGGCGAUACCAGGAGGUAAUAACAGUGACUAUGGUGCUUGUGAUGGACAGUACAAUAUCGACAACAGCGUAUUUGGGAGUAGCGGAACCGGAGUUAGCUCUGUCGAAGAUUGCGAUAACCUUCCAGAUGCGCAGCAAGAAGGUUGCAGGUUUCGAUUCACCUGGCUACAAGACAUUGAUAGACCACAAGCGAACUUUCGACGAGUCCAAUGUCCAGUGGAGUUGACAAACAUUACGGGCUGCAUACGCAACGACGAUACAAACUUCGCUAACAGUGCUUCCCGACACGUAUUUCCAUCAACCUUGGUAUCCAGUAUUAUAUUCAUGGGGCUCUUUCCUUUCAUUUGAGAAAAAUAUAUACAAAAAUAAUGCUCUCUCUGGGGCUUGAUUUGCUACUGAUCAUAUCCAUAACAUUCAUGACACAAU